AUGCUCGCCAGUCGCAUAAUACCGCAGAAAGCUGCUGUGCGGUCGACGGCGUGGAAACGCCCACUUCCCGUGCGUAUCGCUUCCUCCACGCUGCCACGAUGGAGCCGAUGCUUCGCUUCCGCCUCUGAGGACAAGGACCUUGUCAUCAUCGGAGGUGGUGUUGCCGGCUACGUCGCUGCCAUCAAGGCUGGGCAAGAGGGCAUGAAGGUCACCUGCAUUGAAAAGCGCGGCACCCUCGGUGGCACUUGCCUCAAUGUCGGCUGCAUCCCUUCAAAAUCUCUCCUCAACAACUCGCACCUCUACCACCAAAUUCUUCACGACACGGCCAACCGCGGCAUCGAGGUUGGAGACGUCAAGCUGAAUCUCGCCAACUUCAUGAAGGCAAAGGACACCGCCGUCAGCGGUCUGACCAAGGGCGUGGAAUUUCUGCUCAAAAAAAAUGGCGUCGAAUACAUCAAAGGCGAGGGCACCUUUGUCAGCGAGAAUGACAUCAAGGUCGCCCUCAACGACGGUGGCGAGACGACGGUUCGUGGGAAGAACAUUCUCAUCGCCACUGGUUCCGAGGCCACCCCCUUCCCUGGCCUCGAGAUUGACGAGAAGCGCGUCAUCACGAGCACCGGCGCCAUCGCCCUCGAAAAGAUUCCCGAGACGAUGAUCGUCAUCGGCGGUGGCAUUAUCGGUCUGGAGAUGGCCUCGGUGUGGUCUCGCUUGGGAACAAAGGUCACCGUUGUCGAGUUUCUUGGUCAGAUUGGCGGUCCCGGCAUGGACACGGAAAUUGCCAAAGCCACGCAGAAGCUGCUGAAGAAGCAGGGCAUGGAGUUUAAGCUCAACACCAAGGUUCUCGGCGGCGAUACGACCGCCAGCAUGAUCAAGCUGGACGUGGAUGCUGCCAAGGGUGGAAAGCCCGAAAGUCUCGAUGCCGACGUCGUCCUCGUCGCCAUUGGCCGUCGACCGUAUACCAAGGGUCUUGGCCUCGAGAAUAUCGGCAUGGAGCUAGAUGAGCGUGGCCGCGUCAUCGUCGACUCGGAGUACCGAACCAAGAUCCCGCAUAUCCGCUGCGUAGGCGAUGUCACCUUUGGCCCUAUGCUUGCUCAUAAGGCCGAGGAGGAGGCCGUCGCCGUCGUCGAAUACAUCAAGAAGGGCUUCGGUCACGUCAACUACGCCUGCAUCCCAUCUGUCAUGUACACGUACCCCGAGGUGGCGUGGGUGGGACAGAGCGAGCAGGAUCUCAAGAGCCAGAAGAUUCCGUACCGGGUCGGAACCUUCCCCUUCAGCGCCAACUCUCGUGCCAAGACCAACAUGGACUCGGAUGGCCUCGUCAAGAUGCUCGCCGAUCCCGAGACGGACCGCCUGCUGGGCGUCCACAUCAUCGGCCCCAACGCGGGCGAGAUGAUCGCCGAGGGUACGCUCGCGCUCGAGUAUGGCGCCUCGACCGAGGACAUUGCUCGGACAUGCCACGCUCACCCGACCCUCGCCGAGGCGUUCAAGGAGGCGGCGAUGGCCACCAGCUCCAAGGCCAUCCACUUCUGA